AUGAGCGUUACAUUCGACGUCUUCCGCGGCUCCAAGGAGGGCAAGAUUGUUGCCGACAAGACCACCCGUACUCUCGGUCACAACGAAGUUUUCAUCGAGACCACGCAUUCUGGUCUUUGCGGCACCGACGAGCACUUCCUGCACUCCGGUCAGGUUCUCGGACACGAGGGUGUCGGUGUUGUGCGACAGGUUGGCCGUGACGUCACCAACGUCAAGGUUGGUGCGCGCGUUGGAUUCGGAUACACUCACUAUGUGUGCGGAACUUGCGAGAAGUGCUUGAGUGGCUGGGAUCAGUACUGUGAGAACAAGAAGGAAUACGGUUCCCAUGAUCACGAUCUGGGAUCCUUUGGCCACGGUGUUGUCUGGGAUGCUGGCUGUGUUGUCCCCAUCCCCGACAACUACGACUCCGCCGAUGCGGCUCCUCUGAUGUGCGCUGGCGCCACAGUCUGGACCUGCUUGACCGAGUACGGUGUCCGCCCCACUGACCGCGUUGCUGUCAUGGGUAUCGGUGGUCUUGGUCACUUGGCCAUCAAGUUGGCUGCUGCCAUGGGCUGCCACGUCGUGGUCCUGUCCAGCUCAGAGGCCAAGCGCCAGGAGGCUAUCGAGUUCGGUGCCUCUGAGUACCACGUCUUCAAGGCCGGUCAGGAGAUGAAGGACUUCAAGCCCGUGAACCACCUGCUGCUCUGCGGUAGCGCCAGUGUUGACUACCAAUCCCUGAUCCCCCUGAUGGACAUUCACGGAUCCAUCUAUCCCUUGACUGUCGACAUGGCCCCUUCACCCGUUCCUCUGCUUUACAUGAACAUCAAGGGUGUCCGUAUCCAAGGCUCCCUCGUUGCCUCUCGCCGCAGCCUGCGCUCCCUGAUGAACUUUUGCGCCGAGAAGAAGAUCACCCCAACUACAAUGACUUUCCCUCUGGAUGUUGAGGGUGUGGAAAAGGCCAUGCAGACUCUCCGUGAUGGCAAGAUGAGAUACCGCGGUGUUCUCGUUCGCCAGUAA